AUGACCAAAAAUUCUGAUGCAAAAAACAUCAAAUCCGAGCAAUCUAUAGUAAUUGUAGACGACGACAUGGUAAUAGAAGACGACGAAGAAACCAAACCCCCCCUAGACACAAAAACCAUCAAAAUCCCAUGCUUCAAAUGCAACCUGGUAUUCCCUAUGGAUGAAUUCCCCAAUCACCAAGCCACUCAUAAAAUUACAACAACUCAACAAGAAAUCAACUGCACCGAAUGCGGCAUGGCUUUCGACACAAUCGACAAUCUGAUGAAUCACAUGAAAGUUUUGCACUUUUCCAUGUGGACUAUGUAUCAGUAUUACAACCCUUGGAACCAAAUGGCCAUGCAAAUGGCUACGCAAAUGUUUGAGCCGAACGUCUGCGUUGAGCCGCCCAGACGUUGGGCUGAUGUUGACAGGCAUAGACGUAGACGUUCGCCAUCGCAUAGAAGACGCCAUUAUCAUCAUCAUCAUCAUCGUGGACAUCGUCAUAUGAACAGACGAUCACCUAAACGUAGAAGACGUUCACGUUCAAGAGAUAGACGGUGUAUGAGGAAACCACCUUCGACUAGUCCGUCUUCAUCUGAAUCACCAAUAUUUAUUUUAGAUUCAGAUGAGGAUAAUGAAUUUGAUGGUGAUAAAGAGGGUGAUAAAUGGGUUGUAGCAGAUUCUGCAUAG